UGCAACAUGAGGUCUUGUACAUCCACCGAGAUGAUUUACUAUUGGACAAACAUACUUAUAUUCAUUAUCAUCUCUGAACAUGUUAAGAGAUGUCAUUCUUCAGAUAACAUCAGUGUGCCGGACAUUGUCAAACUUCGGGCUUUGGACAUGUGGAGAAUGGAGAUGAAGAUGAAUAUGACUGAAGAACAUAGAAACCAGACGUAUGAAAUACAAGUUGGUCGCACAAAAAACAUGUAUAUUAUCGACAGAAUGUCAUUGAAUGCUGUUGCUGACACAGUGAUCUGGACGUCACAGAUGCCGCUGAACUGCACAGAUCAUUCUGUGAGAAUAAGACACAUCUCUGAUAACCCAACGCUUGGAUCCUGGAGCGCAUGGAAAACUCACUAUGGGGAUAAGAACUUGUCUCAAGAUGUCAAGAUGUAUCCAAAAAACCAGGUGCUGAAAGAAGGUUCCACGUUGCUGUUCUGCUGUAUUUAUUCAGAAGAUGCCCACAUCACCGAUAUGUUCUUCAACAACACAAAAUAUAAAGUCAUCAUCAUAAGCUCACGGGUCAAAGCCAUUCGAGUGGAAAACAUCAAUGCCACAAACCUGUACGGUGUCAGUUUUAACUGCAGUAAAGACAGUUCUGAGGAAGCUUUGAACUUUGUCACCUUCCCUCCUGAGAAACUUCAUUGUAUUCGAUGUGAGACCACAGACGUGAGAAACAUCACCUGCACAUGGAAAGUACGCAGAGCUCCAAACCUGGGCGGAAGCCGCAAAAGGAUGUACAGAUUACUUAUCAGGGACUCUGAGGCUGUCAACUGUAGUCUGAAGAACAGACAUCUGGUCUCCUGCAGUUUUCCAGUCAUCCAACAGCAGGUCACUUACAACAUCACUUUACUUGUAACAAACAGUUUGGGUCGAGAGAGGGAACACUACAUAUUCAACAUCACAGACACAGUUUUUCCACUCCCUGAGCGUUCUGAAGUGACAGCGGGUGUGUUGGAUGCUGUGAUGGACUUACAGUUGAAUGGAAGCUUUAGAGGUCUAUGCAUUAUUUGUCAGAUUGAAGUGGAGCCAGGAGGGAUGACACAGGAGUUACAGAUGAAUGGUUCAGAUUCGUUUCAGCAUUUCAUAUUCGAGAUACAGAAACUGCAGCCCAGCAUGAGAUACACCACUAGGGGACGCUGCGCCACACAGGACAAUGACUGGGGCCGAUGGACACCAUCCAGAGCAUUUCUUACAGGGCCUUUGGUGACGGUGGAUGUGUGGAGGCAAAUCAGAAAUGGUCCGGUUCGCACCGUCACACUUCUCUGGCACACUGUCAAAAGCCAUCCAGAAGUGUAUAUCGAAGCCUAUGAGGUUUGUAAAAACCACACAGAUCCACAGAGCGAUAAGUGCAUCAAUGUCACACAGACACGUGUGGAUUUACCCGUUGAUGUCCACGUGUGUGACUUCACGGUGAGGGCGGUCUCUCAGACAGGUUUAUCUGUACCUUCACAGAUUACUAUUCCUUCAGCAUAUACAGAGGCUGUGAUGAAUGAGAAGAGGAUAGUGGGUAACGCAGAGGGAUUUCAGCUCUCCUGGACAAGGAGUUCCUCCUCAACAUGCGAUUACACCGUAGAGUGGUGCAUGCUGGGAGUUGCUUGCUCCUUACAGUGGAGAAAAGUCCCGGUUAACCAGACUUACCUAUCACUCGAAGCAGAGUAUUUCAGACCGGGUGUUAGAUACACUUUUACUGUCUACUGGUGUAACGCAGAAGGACACAGACCUCAUGAGAAACACAUCGGAUACUUGGAAGAACAGAAGCCCACGCAGUGCCCCACACUGGACCCUCAUCCAAGCGUGACUUGGUCUUCUGUGACUCUAAAAUGGAGUUUCGAUGAGGACGACCCGAAUCACAACGCAUUCAUCACAGGAUAUGAGAUUACAGUACAGAGAGAUUUAGAUAGUGAUAUUUCCCAGAGUUCUCACAGACAGAUGAUAAAUAAACCCCACAGUAAAUCUUUUACAUUCAGUGAUCUUGAGGAAGACCGGUCGUACACAUUUCAUCUGUCUGCGUGUUCAUCUGCAGGCUGUGGACAAGAGACCUCCACCACCAUCACAACCAGAAAAAACUAUUAUCUGUUGUCAGCUAAGAUUUUAGUUCUGCUCCUGGUGUUGGUCAGCUGUUGCAUUUGUCUGUGUUAUUGCCAAAAAAUACUAAGAGAAAUUCCUGAAGAAUUUAAUUUUCUGCACUUAAAAGCGCUGGACCUGGAUGAAGAUCUUUAUGAAGCGAGUGAAAAGAUCCGUACUUUCAAGAUAGAGGAGUGUCAUUGGUGUGAUGUUGAGGUUUUAGACGUGCAUCACCACACCAUGAUACAGAACACAUGGCUGACCGACGCUGAGGAUCUGAGUCAUCCGUUCAUUACUUAUAAAGUCCCAGUACCAUCAUUCCUAACACCCUCCUACCAGCUCACUACAGGAAUAUGGGACAGUCAGACCACAGAUCUAACAAACUUCACUUAUGUGUCUUCUGAACAGCAGGAUUUAUCUGAUAAGAUGUUUGAGACGGAUGGAAAAGUGCAGGAGGCCAAGACCUCUGGGUUUAUAAGUGAUUACGUCACCUCUGUAGCAUUCUGAAGCCUUUAUAAUGUGAUCAUUUAAACUAGAGCUAUUCAUAAAAUUAAAUUAUGAGGCAAAUAAUCAGACGUGCUCAAAUUUGGUACCCUUACAGCUCAUUGAAAUAAUGCUUCAUUCCUCCUGAAGAGUGAUGAAAUUAAAAGCUAUUGUAUCAUGUAUACUUGCAUGCCUUUGGUACAGUGUAGAAAGAAUACUGUGAAAUUUACAGCAACUUGCUGGCAGCAAUUGGCAAGUAAGUUGCUGUAGAACAUUCCACAGUACACUGUAAAAAAAAUCGUAAAAAAACGAUCAAAUCACUGACAGCAGCGGCUGCCAAACAAAAACCAUAAAAUUAAGAUGAAACUCCGUAAAUCAAAUAAUGGGGAAAAACAUUACAUUUACGUAAUUUUUCUUUAAAUGUUUUACAGGGAAACAGUUAUUUCACAGACUUUUCCUUAAUUAUUACGAUCAAACACCUUCAAUAAAGCGACUGCACAUAAGGUUUUACAGAAAAAUGCUAUUAUUUUAUGCUUUUUUUUCCUGAAUUAUAAUGAUAAACCUCCUUAAACUAUGUGAAAGUACUAAUUUUCUGCAGAAAAACACUGUUAUUUUACAGUUUCUUUCCUGAAUUUUUUCAGUCAAAUACUUUUAAUACAGUAAAUGCACUUAAUGUUCUGUAACUGUACAGAUAUUGGCCAUGAAUUACUAGUCAGAUACUGUCAAUAAAAUGAAAAACACAUGUUUAGCAUUGUAGAAUAACAUUUUAUUUAGGUAAACAUAUUAAUCAUAUGAACACAAUCACCACAAUUUGUAAAAGUACACUCGAAAUACACAAUGAUUAACUUCUUUACAGUACAGAAUUACAGUAUACGCUUUAAACAAAUGGUUGAAUAUAAUAAAGUAAAUAAUAAGUACAUCCCCAUAAAAUACAUUCAUCAAAUUCUUAUAAAACAAACUUUUAAUCUUGGAGAAAUACAAAACAGCUUCAAGUGGUGUUGAAAACAUUUACACAGGGUCACAAAUAGAUAUUGGAGGAAGUUUUGAUAGUAUAUUUGGACAAACAUCAAACUGUCAGAAUAAGUAAAUCAUACCAUAAGUAAAAACAUACCACAAAAAAGUAAAUGAGUCUGUGGCAAAUAUGCAAUGUAGUAACGUUAGAUAAAGGACUAAAUCUGCCAUCAUUAUACAUUAUGGCAAUGUGAAUACAGAGUAUACUGUUAGAAAACAAGUUACAAGUUGCAAUGCAAACUUAAAUGUAAGUCUUAUAACUUACAUCAUUAAAUCAGCAAAACAAGUCACCAGCUUAAAGGAAUGGACAAUUUUUCUUUCACAAAUGAUGUAAAUGUUUAACUGUACGUGAUUGUUAUUGUAAGAGUUAGAAAAUAAAAAGUCCCUUAUUUUGUUAUGUUUUAACCCACGAAAUACGUAACCCAAACGGUUACAGAGUUACACUAUAACAGUAUUAAGCAUACAUAAUAUUACACAAUUGUUAAUAACAACAUAAUACAAAUACACAGGUCGAAUGUUUAAACACUUACUACUGAUGGAGUUUGGGUGACUGGGUAGCUUUUCUUCCCUUCAUCUAAAAAAUGAGAGCAAAUGUUUUAUCAUUAACAGUUAUUGUUGAAAUUAGUGUUUAAAACGGAAUGCAAAAGAAAGUCAGAAAGAAAUCUAACGUUACACAUACUUACCAGGUGUGUGUACU